AUGACCCUCUCUUUGCUGGAUCUGGCUUGCCUAGCUCGAAGCUCCUCGAAACUGGGAGAUUUAUCAAAAUGCAUUGCAGUGCACGAAACUAUCUCCAGCAGCGAGCACAGGGACAGCAGUUAUCUCUCGAAUCUUGUGCUGCAAAUGUAUGCCAAGUGUGGGGAAAUUGGUCGGGCACUGAGCGUGUUCAGACGUAUGAAAAAUCCCAACGUUUUCUCCUACACGAUCAUGCUCGCGGCACUGGCACAAAACGGGAAUCUGGAUGAUGCCAGAGUCUUGUUCGCCCAGAUGCCCGAGCGCAAUGUUGUAUCGUGGACGACCAUGAUCUCAUCGUGUGGGCAGCUUGGGCUUGUCGAAGAGGCAAAGCAGCUCUUUGAUCAAAUGCCGGAACCGAACACAGUGACUUGGAACUCGCUGAUUCAUACAUAUGCCGUAACUGGGCAUCUUUCUAAGGCGCAAAGUAUGUUUGAUCGAAUGCCUGAAAGGAGUAUUGUUUCUUGGAACGAGAUCAUUUCGAUGUACGCACAAAGUGUUGAGGGUGGCAAGGCCAAGAUUGUGUUUGAUAGUUGUCCUGGAUGGGAUGUUGUUUCUUGGACAAGUAUGAUCCAAGCAUUUGCCUUUUCUGGGGAUAUCCAAAGCGCUAGAGAUGUGUUUCACGAGAUGCCCGAGUGGAAUGUGGUGUCUUGGAACACAAUGGCUGGCGCGUUUGCGGAGAACGGGUACGCUGAAGAAGCUAGAAUUCUUUUCGAUUCGAUGAUGGAGCGAUCGGAAGUGUCGUGGACAAUCUUGCUGGGAGCUGCAGAAGAUCUCGCAGAAGCAAAAGCCAUCUUUGAUGGCAUGCCCGAAUGGUCUGUCUUCUCUUGCACGGUGAUGCUCCAAAAGCAUGCCCAGUUCGGGCAUAUUGAACACGCCAAGAGCCUGUUUGAUCAAAUGCCCGAGUGGAACGGGGUGACUUUGAGCACAAUGAUAUCCAUGUAUGCCUUAAACGGGUAUCUCGUCGAUGCCAAGCGCUUGUUCGAUGGCUCACAAGAGAAAAACCUCAGCGCCUGGACAGUGCUUGUUCAAGGAUACGCUCAAAACCUGGAUCUAAGAAACACCAAAGCAACGUUUGAUGCAAUGCCAGAAAAGAACGUAGUUGCAUGGACGUGCAUGAUCGAAGCAAAUGCCCGAUCGGGGCAAAUACUUCAGGCGAAGAACAUGUUUGAUGCAUUGCCCGAGCGCAACAUCGUCUCGUACAACGUUGUCAUUGAGGCGUUUGCGAGCUCCUCUCCGUCAACCAUCCAUUGGUUUCACGACAUGCUGCUAAACGGGCAAGAUCCCGACGAGUACUCGUUCAUCAACGUUCUUACCGCGUGCAGCUGCAGCGGGAGCUUGUUCCAGGCGCGGGACUUUUUCGUUUCGAUGCAGGGCGAUCACGGGCUGCAGCCAUCGCAACACCAUUUUGCAUCGAUGCUGGAUCUGCUGGGGCGGCUUGGACAAGUCCGAGACGCUGAAAAGAUCCUGGGCGAGAUGCCGUGUGAGGCGGACUCGGUGACUUGGGCGACCUUGCUUGCCGCUUCGAGGAUCCACAAGGCCAACGAAAGUGGCGCUCGAGCUGCCAGGAACGCUCUAGAACUUGAGACGAUCAAGCCUGGAGCGUAUUUGCUAGUUGCCGAGCUUGCAGCUAAAACCAUUUGA